AUGGCUCCUCCUCUUCCUCUGAUCUUCUUUCUGCUCAUGAUUCACGGGGUUUCUAGUGAUGAUUGGAGUGUGAGUUACAGUCCUUCACACAUCUGUGCACUAAAGGACUCAACAGUGAUAAUGAGAUGCACUUAUACAUACCCUACUGGAUAUCAGAUCAAGGAAGUGUUCUGGACCAAAACAAAAUAUACAAAGAAAGAUGAAGUGUUUCCAGAUCUGUCUGAUGACACUGAAUACAGUCAGAGGCUUCAGUAUCUGGGAGAUAAACAGCAGAACUGCACCGUCAGACUGAGUCAUGUGACACUGAAGGAUUCACACAUGUACUAUUUCAGAUUCAUCACUGAUAAAGAAAAUUGGAUUGGUUAUCCAGGAGUGAAUCUUACUGUCACAGAUCUUCAGGUGGAGUCUCCUGAGAGAGUGACAGAGGGAGAUUCAGUCAGUCUGACAUGUAAAAGCAGCUGCGCUCUGACUGACAGAGCAACAUUCAUCUGGUACAGAAACUCACAGCCAUUAACUGAGAGAAGAGACAGAAACAAUGAACUCCUGCUGCAGUCAGUCAGAAGAGAGGAUUCAGGCAGAUAUAGCUGUGCUGUAGACGGACACACUCCCGUCUCUCCUGAUGUUCAGCUCAAUGUCAUGUACCCUCCAAAGAGCGUCUUAGUGUCCAUCAGUCCAUCUGGUGUAAUAGUGGAGGGAGAUUCAGUGACUCUGAACUGCAUCAGUGACUCAAACCCUCCUGCUGAAAUCCGCUGGUUUAAAGGAGGAACGAUUGUAGGAUCUGGAAGAAUCUACAACAUCUCAAAGAUCAGCUCUGAUGACAGUGGAGAAUACAAGUGCAAGUCCAUCAAUGAACAUGGAGAGAAAUACUCUGAUACUGUGACUUUAAACGUCAUGUAUCCUCCCAGGAGCGUCUCAGUGUUUAUGAGUGGAUCUGGUGUAAUAGUGGAGGGAGAUUCAGUGACUCUGAACUGCAUCAGUGACUCAAACCCUCCGGCUCUGAACUUCAGCUGGUUUAAGGAGAAUGAAACCUCAGCUGUUGGAUCUGGACAGAGUUUCAGUGCACUACAGAGUGGACGCUUCUACUGUCAGGCUCACAAUCAACAUGGAUCUCAGAGAUCAGACGCUGUAACUGUCACAGUUCAUCAUGUUGCUGGUAGGAAUGUGAUUGUGAUCGCAGCGGCAUCUGGAGGAAUAUUCAUCAUCAUCAUCAUCAUCAUCAUACUAUUUAUUAUUGCGAGAAAAAGAAUUAACAGACAAUCUGCAAUACACAAGUGUGAGGACGAUGAUCCAGGCUCAUAUGCAGCUCUUGACCUCAAGUCCAGAUCAUCUGACCUCUACGACACACUCACAACUGUCCAUCCCAGACCUGAUGUUCACCAGUCAGACUCAGACAGAUAUGAGAAUCUGGCCAUAAGCGAGAGAUCCUCAGGUCUUCAUAUCACCAAUAAAGAAGGAAAUGUCCUCACGACUACAGAAUGCCAUCCUCCUGUCUCGUGCCGAGCCACACUCAGCGACGGGGACCGCCAUGUGAUGCGUUUCCUGCCUUGGAGAGGAUCAUGCAGCUCUCAAGUGCAGCUCUCAGACGGCGGCUGCCCUCACUGCGAGCGAUUGCCUACGGUGACUCUGAGGACUCGCCUGGCAUCCUUCAGCGAGACUGCACUUCCACCCACUGCAGUGCCGCGCCGAGGAAGCAGGUGUUUGGUGAUGAUGUCAGUGUGUCUCGGGCUCAUUUGUGUUCUUCUGCUGGUCUUCAUCACACUGUACAUCACCAUCACAGCAGAGAGAGACCUGUUAAAGAGUUACAAGGACACAGUUGAAGAGUUCAAUCACACUAUCAACAGCUUACAGGACAAGAACACUGAUCUAAUGACUGAAAAAGACCAACUGAAGAACAACUUCAGCUCUUUGAGUCAGAAGAAACUGGAGUUAGAGACCAGAGUCAAUGAUCUCAGUGCUGAGAAAAGCCAGUUACAGGGAAGUGUUGAUGCUUUGAGUCAGAAGAAACUGGAGUUAGAGACUGAACUAAGGAAGUUAUAUACACAAGGAAAUGACACGUUUUUCAUGUCCAAUGAGCCGAAGAGCUGGUCUGAGAGCAGGAAAUACUGCAGAGAUCGAGGAGCUGAUCUGGUCAUUAUCAACACUGAAGAGAAGCAGAGGUUCAUAACUGCAUUAGUCAAGGAGAAAGUGUGGAUUGGUUUGUCAGACUCUGAGACUGAGGGGAUCAUGAAAUGGGUGGAUAAUUCACCACUGAAACAGGGGUUUUGGUUCGAAGGUCAGCCGAAUAGCUACGCUGGAGAUGAGGACUGUAUUUUACUGGUUCCUACAGACACCGGCCUGAACAACUGGCAUGAUUACCCAUGCUCAGAUAAGAGAAAAAGUGUUUGUGAGAAAUAG